CUCUCUGAGCUCGAGCCUCUCUUCCCCCUCUCUCUGCCUUCACGAGUUCUCCUCCUCCCGAAACCUGCGCGAGGCGGCCACUGAAGCGCGAGGCGAUUUCCCCCCCUCUCCCCUUCACUUCAGUCAACAUGGCUACAGUUGUAACCUCGACCAGAUUCACAGACGAAUAUCAGCUGUAUGAGGAACUCGGAAAGGGUGCCUUCUCAGUGGUUCGCCGAUGCGUCAAGAAGUCCACCGGCCAGGAGUAUGCUGCUAAAAUUAUUAACACGAAAAAGCUCUCGGCCAGAGAUCACCAGAAACUGGAGCGAGAGGCGAGAAUCUGUCGUCUGCUGAAACAUCCAAACAUAGUACGACUCCAUGACAGCAUCUCAGAGGAAGGCUUCCAUUACCUCGUCUUUGACCUUGUCACUGGAGGAGAGCUGUUUGAGGACAUUGUUGCCAGAGAGUAUUACAGCGAGGCAGAUGCCAGCCACUGCAUCAAUCAGAUCCUGGAGAGCGUCAGUCACAUCCACCAGCAUGACAUUGUGCACAGGGACCUCAAGCCAGAGAACCUGCUCCUGGCCAGUAAGAUGAAGGGAGCAGCUGUGAAGCUUGCAGACUUUGGUCUAGCCAUUGAGGUGCAGGGGGACCAACAGGCAUGGUUUGGUUUUGCAGGAACUCCAGGAUAUCUGUCCCCAGAGGUGUUGAGAAAGGACCCGUACGGAAAGCCAGUGGACAUAUGGGCAUGUGGUGUGAUCCUGUACAUCUUGUUGGUGGGCUACCCUCCCUUUUGGGACGAGGAUCAACACAAACUGUACCAACAAAUCAAGGCCGGUGCAUAUGACUUUCCUUCUCCAGAGUGGGACACAGUGACCCCUGAGGCCAAGAAUCUGAUCAAUCAGAUGUUAACCAUUAACCCUGCCAAAAGGAUCACUGCCGACCAGGCCAUCAAGCAUCCCUGGGUCUGCCAACGGUCCACUGUGGCCUCCAUGAUGCACCGCCAAGAGACUGUGGAGUGUCUGCGCAAGUUCAACGCCAGGAGAAAACUUAAAGGAGCUAUCCUCACAACAAUGCUGGUGUCCAGGAACUUUUCAGUGGGACGGCAGCAUACCAGCCCUGCCGCUACUACCAGCACGGCCGCAAUGGCACAGGAAGCAUGCAAAACCUUACUAAACAAAAAGUCGGAUGGAGUGAAGUCGCAGGGAAACAACAGUAAAAACAGUGUAGUAAGCAGCAGCAGCACCAAAGACAGCAGCAUGUCAUCUUCAGCACCAAUGGAAGCCCAGACAACUGUUGUACACAACCCAGCUGAUGGCACCAAGGGCUCCACAGAGAGCUGUAAUAACACAGAAGAGGAGGAGAUGAAAGGUAGGAAAGUGGCUGCCUGUGAGUCUGCUAGUGCAGACAGUGCAGUGUUCAGCCAGUGCAGCACUACUCAGGAACAGGCCCAGACCCCGUCUCCUCACUGCCCACCGCCCACCUCUCGUCCCCUGCAGGAGGCUGCUAGCAGCCCCAGUGUCCUUCAGACCAGUCCAUCUCAGAGCUCCUGCCCUGAACCAGAGUCAGCUCUGUCGCCCCCCGCAGGCAGCAGCCGCAAACUGCAGCAGACUCGUAAACAGGAGAUAAUAAAGAUGACAGAGCAGUUGAUUGAAGCCAUCAACAAUGGGGAUUUCGAGGCUUACACGAGAAUCUGUGACCCUGGACUGACUUCCUUUGAACCAGAGGCUCUUGGAAACCUUGUGGAGGGCAUGGACUUUCACAAGUUCUACUUUGAGAACCUGCUGAGUAAAAACAGCAAGCCAGUGCACACCACCAUCCUCAAUCCCCACGUCCAUCUGAUCGGCGAGGAUGCCGCCUGCAUCGCCUACAUCCGCCUGACGCAGUACAUGGACAGCCAGGGCCGACCGCGCUCCUGCCAGUCGGAGGAGACCCGUGUGUGGCAUCGCCGGGAUGCCAAAUGGCUCAAUGUGCACUUUCACUGCUCAGGAGCACCGGCUGCACCCCUGCAGUGAGCUGAGUACGCAGGCCCAGCUUUGCCUGAACUCUAAAGCUGUUUGGAGCAUUUAUUCUCCGUGGUCGGAUUGGUGCCUGGAUCCUGGCCGGGAUGAGGCUGCUUGGAAAGAUGUACAAAACACAAAAGUGGGGAAAAUACAUUAUAAAUAAAAAAAUAAACAAACAAACAAACAAAAAAGCAUAUUUCAAAAGCUUGACUGAAUGACCGACCACACCAACCAACACCAAUCCAGUCUAACCCUAGCUAGAUGAGGUCGGGGCCCGGCUGUUGUCAGUCCCUUUCUUGCAGAUGGUGCAUGCUUCUAGUGGCGACACAGGGGUGAUGCUGUCCUGGUCCUUUUUCUCCCAUGGCCUUUAUUUCCCCAUCUUUGUUUUGUCUGCUGUCUGGAAAAGUAUUAACAUGUUCAAAUAUAUAUAUAUAUAUGUAACAACAGAAAAACAUGUACACUUAACACACAUAGUGAAAGGGACUGGGGCGGCGAGUAUAGUGUGUGGAAAAAUGUGAUUUCAGCAGAAAGUAUACUUUAAUAAAAGUUUUGUUUGGUUUAAAGUUAACAGGUAUAUUUGGGUGGGGUUUAUGGGAACGGGAGCAACUAAUAUCUACUUAAUAUCAGAAUUUAACACCUAUUUUGUGUGUCAGGUUUGAGCAUCUGUACACAAUGUUUUAAAGGGGUUUAGGCAUUGUGAUACGUUAUUGAAGGGACCUUUAUUUUUAUUUCGUCUUUUUGUAUUAUGUGUUAUUAAGCUGUUGGUUUUUAUCUCUUAAAUGAUGUAUUUUAAAGUAUUUUGUGUUUAAAAAAAAAAAAGGAUAAUUUUUAAUCAAAAGGGGGAUUUUAUUUAAUAGAAUAGUGUAUAAAUAGAUAUUUAUAUAAGCGAAAAGGGGAACAUGGUUUACUUUCAGGGUGUAGGGAGGGGAGUUAAGCAUGAGAGUGGGUGUUUUUUUGGUUUUUCAGCUUUGAGGUCCCGAGGUGUAAAUACAAACACACACACUCACAAACACUCCCUGUGCUCUAGCUUUUAUGGGCUGAGCUUCUCUUGAGCUUUAGACACAACGUCCAGGCCAGCUCAUCCUGAAGUUGCAGAAGGCCUUCAUCUGUCUGCCCUGCAGUAUUUGGAGUCGAACACUAGGAGGUGCCAUCAGUCAAAGUCUAAAGCUCCUCACGUCUCUGAACUACCUAUUCUGAAAGCACGGACACACUCUCACGCCAACUUUUUAAGUUUUCUUUAAACAGUUUUUGUGUAUUUUUGAUGUGAAGCAUGAAUUAAUUGAACUAUCUACUGGCCUGUACUGUUUUUGCACAGACACUUAAGACUCGAUGCUGUUGCGUUCGCUCUUCUGAGGGAGUGAACCUUUCUGCAACUUCAGGUUACGCUCGCCAAAAUCCUUCCCCUCCACCCUACCUCUCCCGCACUACUUCCAUCAUUCCUGCCUCUUAUCCUCUCCACAUCUGUUACUCUUGUGAUAUUCGCUAACCAGCCCCAUUACUGUCUUAGUAGCACCAUCCCGUGUGAUGAUGAUGAUGAUGAUGAUGAUGUCACCCUUACGCCUGUCUCUUGUUCUGAUUGUGUUCUUCAAAAAAUAUGUAUGUAGUCCGUCUUGGCUUGCUGUACUUCUGUGUGAAGUCCCGGCACUAUAAAAAGCAUGUCGAAAAAGGGAUUUCAGCCGAGAUUGGACAAAACAGAGGCAUUAUGGGUAGAGGGCUAUGCUGGCUCGAGGGCUGUGGGACCUUUUGCUGAUGGCAAUCAAUGGUUUGGUCCCUAACCGUUUCUGUUGUAAACGUUGUAGUUGUUAGUGUUUUGAUGUUGAUAUUUUUAUCGGUUUUAGCCAGAACUAUAAAAACUGCUGGUUAAAAUGAAGGGAGGCUGGGACUGCCACAACCCUUUUUUACUGUCCCUGUUGUCCCCUCGCACACUGAUUAAUACACACACACACACACACACCGGAUGCAGAAAUCUUGAGACAAAAACACUUAAUACACUCCUGUGAGUAAUUAUAUUGGAAUUCACAACAUCAUAUAAGCACAUGAGAUCAAAGAUUCUCCCUUUAAAGAGGACAAAACAUAUCUCCAUGUCAGUGGCUGAGCUUUGCAGCACUGUUUUGUUCCACUGUCGUAGAAACUUUGUGUGACUUUGUACCAGCGGAGGGGUGAGUCUGUCCCGUGUCUGUGCUACGCUGCUCCAUAGUUAACUCGCGCUCUACUUAGGCUGUUGCUGGCUGUCACCUAUAAGCUGAAACCAUGAUGAUGCUUCAAACCAUCACAUACUGUGUCUUUGUACGUACACUGACACGGUUGAGCAGAUAAAAAAAAAAAACACGUUGUGAAUCAUAUGUGAGACCCGACCUACUGUAUCAGCCGUCUGUGCUUCUUUCUGAGUGCUGUGACAUAUCUGACAUACCAUGAAAACUGUGUCACUCCCCGCCCUUCACACUUUUUGCACCAUGAUGACGACACGUUGUGAAACCUGUACUGAAUCUAUGAUGUGAUGUUUUUUAUGGCUCUAAGUAGUUGUGUUUGUGCUGUGGGCUCUGGCCCAGUUGUCUGUUGAUGCCACCGAUCUGACGAGAUGCUUUUAUUUCAUUGUGUGCGUAUUUCCACACAGUCAUGGGGAUGCUUAAACGUUACAGGUUAUCUUAAAGGAGGGAAACUGAUCUGAAGCGGCUAAAAAGUCAGUUUGCCAGAGUGUUUGGAUCAAACUGAAAUUUGCAUUUUUGAUAUGAAGCCAAAAUAGACGUUAACAGCACACAUUUGGACAUGUAGCAGGAAAAGCACAAGUAUAAACGAUGGCAUUAAUACAGGCUGCAUCCCUGUGCUUGCUUUCUGGGGUGCUUAAUGGAACAUCAUUAAUGUUGUUAGUUACACUUUGCUUUUCCUGUUAUGAGUAGAAAUCUGUCAAUUCUGAAUCUAUUGGGUCUAAAGAAUAGGCAGCUGGUGCAGUUAGCCCACUCACAAUGACCUUUUUUAAAAUUGUUAGUUGAAUAACAGGGAUUCUCAACCUUUAUGACCUCUUAAAAUAAGGCAGCACCUACUUGUGACCACAUAAUGGGAACCACUGUUGUAAAGUUAAACUCUCUGACCCUGCGUUUGAGAAUUUUUUUCCCUCUCAUGCAUCUCAGUAACUUCAGCUGAUUGAAUAAAGAAGUACAAAGAAAUAAUUGUCAUAUUUAGUCUUUCAGAGAUUUAUGCAAUAAAGUAAACACAAAAAAACCACUCUCACUUACCCAUAUUUUUCCAUCUAGCCAUGCAGAUAGUUUUGGUUUUAUUUGUCGGGUUUUUGAUGCAUUGAAAAAUGACACAAACACCACAAAAUUCAACAGCAACAUCUCUCUUCAGAAACCGUGUCCUGUUUACUCCCUGAAUCAUCCACAGACUUAACUGUGAACAUUUUAUUGGUAGAACAACUGUUCGGAGUAACACAGACGUUUCUGUUGCAUUUCAGUGUAACUGAGUGUAAUCCAAACUAUCUGCAUGGAAGGAACUAGAAGGUACUAGAUGCACUCUGUACUGUUUAACACCAGACAUGGUGCGAAAAGGCACAUAUUUCUGCACAGGGUCUGAACUCCGGAUCACAGAUGAGUCCAUUGUCUUAUUGUGAAGUGUAUGGCAGCAAAGAAAGGUCAUAAGUUCACAGACGCAAAUAGUCUAAUUAUAAAAUUUAAUUAUUUCAGAGUAUUUAAUGUUAAGAUUUAAAUACCACAGAAAUCACUGCAUUUAAAUAUUUUACACUGAAAACUUCAAUACUGAACCUGAAUAAAAACUCUGUAAAUCAAAAUGUAAAAUUGCACCAGAUACAAAUAGCAACUGGAAAUUACAAAGAGGUCAAUUUAAACCACUUAAAUUCAGAUACAUGCCUUCAAUAAAUAGUGAAAUAUUUGUGGUAUUUGAAUUUAACAAACUAUAUUCCAUAGUAAUUAUAUGUCAGUGUUAAUUUGCAUAUAAAAUGAAAAUGAUUUGGGCUGUAUUUGCUUCCAUAGAAGUACUACAGUGACCUUCCUGUUCAGCUGAAGUGUCACUGAGAUCCAACAGAGUGCUUUUAACAUGACAGGGUUAUCGACCUUUGAGUCUCACUGCUGUACAUAGGAUACGUGACCAAAUAUAAAUUUAACUUCACACAGAAUAACCUUGGGCUGAAUGCACCAACGACCUACAAGAGAAAAUAUCAUUCACAGUAGUUGAAGUAGAUUGGUGUCUGUUUUGCUUUAUACAUUUUUGGUUUAAAAAAUGCAAAUGUGUGAAAAUCAAAUUCAUAUAUUCGACAUUUGCCAAAAUACUAGUGCACAUGUCUUCUAUAUGUUAAAUUAAAACAGUACCUGACUGAACUGAGGGGAACAAAAAAAAAUCCUUGAAAUGCUUCAAACAAAUGUUGAAAAAGGAUAAUUAAAACCACAAACAGCAACACUAUAUAUGCAGUUUUACAAAUGGAAGAAAUAUGCAUGUCUACUUUCUGGUAAUUUUUCACUGUUUACUUGAUAAAGAAAUGGAAAUCUAUGUUACUUGCAUCCUCAAGGUUAUGAAAUGGCUCCGUCUGAGUUAUCUCACAUUAAAAUGCAUAAAAGAAUAGCAAAAGCCUUAGCUUGUAUGUAAGUAAAUUUAUUGCAUUGUAACCUUAUACUAAAAAGGGGCUACAUGUGUCUAUACUCUGAGUUUCAAUUGGAUGCUGGAUUUUUGCAUGACCAUACAGUUAAUAAACAUACAUUAAAAACUA